AUGUAUGAGAUGCACACAUCGAGCGGUGGCCAGAUCACUCCCAGUAAAUGCGUGGAUGCAUCAGCAAGCGCUUUCUUCUCCCAGCAGCAUCCUGCCAAUGCAUCCGCAGGCCUCCCCAAUGUUGACGCGGAUGCAUCAGCAGACAAUUAUGUGCAUGCCAAUGCAUCCGCACAGAGCCAGGAUAUGAUACAAGUGGCUCUGUCCGCUCCAUCAGCAAAUCUACAUUUGCCAACGUCUCUUGACGAGGUCGAGGACGAUGUUUUUGAUGGAUUCACAGACACGGAGGAGAUCAAUAUCGCCUUGCAAGCGUUGAAUAUUACCGAGUGUGAUGAUACAACGAUACCAGAUGAGGGGUCGGUGCAAAUUGACAUCAGAUGGGACGUUCCCCUAACACCGUUGAAAUACGACCUUGACCUCUUCUCUGAGCUGCAGGCAAGGAACAACAGCUUGCCCAGGUCUUCAGCGUUGCUCCCACAUAUCGUUGUUCGGGAUGGCUCCCUCAAAAACUAUAUCUUUGAGCCCGCCGAUCUAGCCCGCAUUAUGGAUCCCCACGGAUUACUGAGUGGGCAAUGCAUCAAUGGUGUUGCGGCUUCUUUCCAGGCAUUGUUUUCGCACGUUCACAAUCCUCAUCAUCCUGCUGCACGUCGCUGUGCUCUUCUAAGCACCUAUGAACUGCCGCGCAUGCGUUCGGAGUGUUCGGACGACUUCCUGUGGUCUGAACUGGAAGCAAUGCAAUAUUGGGAACGGGACUUAUGGAUCCUUCCUAUACACCGAGCAACUCAGCAGCAUUGGGUUCUCGCUGUGGCAUGCGUUUCUGAUCGUAGGAUCUAUUUCUUUGACAGUCUUGCGCUGCGCGGAGGGUUCCGCAAAGAGCUCAAGGUCUGUCAUUCACUCUCUGCUAUUGCCAUGUUCACGGUUUGA